CAUCAUUCAGACAGUAAUAUAAAAUCAUAUUUAUUAUUAUUGUUUUAAUAAAGUAGUACCGAAACCCCAAAUCCUCCCAACAAAGAAAACAUUUAGCAUUAAUGUUAAGAAACAGUUUUAAACUAAUGUCUCAAUUUUCAAGAGCCUCAAUACCAACACCUAUUAACCAACAAUUAUACAACUAUGAAGUUGGUUCAGUCCAAAGAAAAUUAUUAAAAGAAGCUUGCGAAAAAUUAAGAAAUUCAACCAUUGAUAUUCCAUGUAUUGUUGGUGGUAAAGAAAUUCGUACUGGUGAUAUUCAAAAACAAUUAAUCUGUUCAGACCACAACAAAGUUUUAGCUACUUUCCACCAAGCCAACACCCAAGUUCUUCAAGAAGCCAUUGACAAUUCAUUAGAAGCCAAACUUAAAUGGGAAACUUUACCAUUUGAAGCUAGAGCAUCAGUUUUCCUUAAAACUGCUGAGCUUUUAAAUACUAAAUACCGUUAUGAAGUUAUGGCCGCUACUAUGCUUGGUCAAGGUAAAACUGUUUGGCAAGCUGAAAUUGAUUCAACUGCUGAAUCAAUUGAUUUCCUUCGUUUCAAUCCAAAAUAUGCCGAAGAAAUUUACAGCCAACAACCACCAGCCAACUCACCAGGUGUUUGGAAUCGUGUUGAAUACCGUCCAUUAGAAGGUUACGUUGUUGCCAUCUCACCAUUCAACUUCACUGCUAUUGGUGCUAACUUACCAUCCUCCCCAGCUCUUAUGGGUAAUGUUGUUCUUUGGAAACCAGCCUCAACUGCCGUCCUUUCCAACUACAUUGUCUUCAAAGCUUUCCGUGAAGCUGGUCUUCCAGAUGGUGUUAUCCAAUUUUUACCAGGUAGUGGUCGUGUUAUUGGUGACUUUUUACUUGACAAUAAAAACUUUGCCGGUCUCCACUUUACUGGCUCAACUGGUGUAUUCAAUGGUAUUUAUAAGAGAACUGCCGACAAUCUUGUCAAAGGUCUUUACAGAGGUUAUCCACGUAUCGUCGGUGAAACUGGUGGUAAAGAUUUCCACUUCCUCCACAACUCUGGUGAUGUUGAACUUUUUGUAAACAGUACUCUUCGUGCUUCAUUUGAAUACCAAGGUCAAAAAUGCUCAGCCUGUUCACGUGCUUACGUUCCACAAUCAUUAUGGCCAGAAAUUAAAGAAAAACUCGUUUCAGGUGUCAAACAAAUGAAAAUGGGUCAAUCUGAUGAUUUCUCAACCUUCAUGUCUGCUGUUAUUGAUAAAAACUCUUUCAACAAUAUUUCAUCUUACAUCGAACAUGCUAAAACUUCACCAGAUGCUGAAAUUAUCGUUGGUGGUAAAUGUGAUAACAGUGUUGGUUGGUUUGUUGAACCAACAAUCAUUCACUGCAAAGAUCCACACUACAAAUCAAUGGAGGAAGAAAUUUUCGGUCCAGUUUUAAGCAUUUACGUUUACGAAGAUGCCAAAUUUGAAGAAGCUUUGGAAUUAUGUGACACUACCUCACCAUAUGCCUUAACUGGUUCAAUCUUCUCUACUUGUAAAUAUGCUAUUAAUACUGCUAGCCACAAAUUAAGAAAUGCUGCUGGUAAUUUCUAUAUCAAUGAUAAAUGUACUGGUGCCGUUGUUGGUCAACAACCAUUCGGUGGUGCUAGAGCCUCAGGUACAAAUGAUAAAGCUGGUUCAUACCUCAAUCUUUUAAGAUGGGUCUCAGCUCGUACCAUCAAAGAAAACUGGCUUCCAGUUACCACUUGGAGAUACCCACACAUGGACUCUGAAAACUAAAUCAAAUAAAUUCUCUUAUUUAAAUAAUAAUUCUCUUUGUUUUUUUCUUAUAAAGU